AAAUACAUCAUCGAUCUCGCCUACAGCACAGCCCAGGAGUUUGUUUGGGGGGGGAAGCACAAAGAAGCGAUACCUGCAGCUUUGCAUGCGCUGCGUUUCAGCGCUGAAGUGCACGGCUCAAAUUCUGUGCAGUUGGUGCCUGCUUAUCUCCUCUUGGCUGAGGCCUCCACUGGUGUUGGCCGUCUUCGGCAGGCGUCCAGCUAUCUCUCCCAAGCCCAGUGGAUUGUCCUCAGAACUCCAGGCUGCAGUGCUGCCGUUCAGUACACAUUACAUCGUGGUCUGGGGCUUUUCUGUGCUGCUGAAGGCAACUUGGAGCAGGCUUUGUAUCACCUGGCGAAUGCUGUUUACCUUGCUAGUUCUGCUUUUGGACUAAAAUCUGUGGAGACCUCUGGAGGGUAUUUCCACAUGGCUAAUGUUUUCUUUCGCCAGAACAGAAUGGACGUAGCAAACUCACUCUAUACUGAGGUAACCGCCAUCUGGCAUGCCCUUCUGGUGAGGUCACUUCAAGCGCGGGAGCAAGCGCUGAAGUCACCACCGUUCACCGAGGACGGGGAAGUCAGCGAAGACCGUCUGUCUGAAGCCCAGCGAGCGGAAGCGAUCCGAGUUCUGAACGCGGUGUUGGAUGUCAGAGAACAGGCGCCGAAGCAACAACCAGGGGAAACAGCCAGAGUCCUGCACGCUCUCGCCAUGCUUUAUUACCUGACCGGGGAUUUGCCAAAGGCCGGUGAGGUGGGGCUGAAAGCCUUCACCCUGGUGAAACAACUGCCCCAACCAGAGACUCUAGAAGCCAUCGGUCGUUUGUUAACGUUGAUUAACUCCAAGCCUUC